CUUCCCACUCGGCAGCCAGCAGGAUCCCGGCCAACAGGAGCAGCAGCACCGACUCCCGGCUCGCCAUCCCCAGGCUUACAGUCCAACAGGCAGGCCGAUCUCUCCGUAUCCCAGGGUCGGUUGCUCAGAAGUUUUGAAUUUUUCACAUGGUUGAUACAUCAGAGAUGGAGAAUUAUAGUUUUCCGGCGUCAUUUGCGUGGGGUGCCGCAACUGCUGCUUAUCAAGUUGAAGGAGGAUGGGAUGCAGAUGGGAAAGGCCCCAGUGUCUGGGAUACAUUCACCCAUCAGGGAGGAGAUAGAGUUUUCAAGAACCAGACUGGAGAUGUAGCUUGUGGCAGCUAUACUCUGUGGGAGGAAGAUUUGAAAUGCAUCAAACAGCUUGGAUUGACUCAUUACCGCUUUUCCCUUUCCUGGUCACGUCUGUUACCUGAUGGGACGACAGGUUUUAUCAACCAGAAAGGGAUUGAGUACUACAACAAGGUGAUUAACAGUCUCCUUGAAAAUAAUAUCAUCCCAAUGGUGACAUUGUAUCAUUUUGAUAUGCCUCAAGCUGUCAAAGAUCUUGGUGGCUGGAGUUCUGAAAAAACGGUAGAUAUUUUCGAACAGUACGCGCGGUUCUGUUAUGAAACAUUUGGAGACAGAGUCAAACUUUGGAUUACCAUUAAUGAACCCUAUGUCAUGGCAAGGUUUGCCUAUGAAGACGGCAGUUUUGCACCAGGCAAAAAGCAGCCAGGCUAUGGAGCAUAUCAAGCUGGCCACAAUAUGUUACUGGCACAUGCUAAAGCAUGGCAUAACUAUAACACGCAUUUUAAGAAACAGCAAAAUGGAGCAGUUUCCAUUGUUCUGUGUUCUGAUUGGGCUGAACCUUUUGAUCCAAGCUCUGCCGUAGAUAAAGAAGCCACCGAGCGAUAUUUAGCAUUUUACCUGGAUUGGUUUGCAAAACCAGUCUUCAUCGAUGGCGAUUAUCCAGCCUCAAUGAAACUGAAGAUUUCUGAGAACAGCAAGAAGGAAGGUUUGAAAACUUCCAGACUUCCAGAGUUUACAGAGGAAGAAAAGGCCUUGAUCAAAGGCACGGCUGACUUUUUCUGUUUAAAUUACUAUACUUCUAGAAAAAUAAAGCAUAGCACUGUUGCUUCAGAAGAGCCUAGUUUCAUAAGUGACCGUUCAGUAGAAGACAUAAAAGAUCCUGACUGGCCACAAUGUGCACCUGAUUGGUUAGCUGUGGUUCCAUGGGGACUUCGUAAGCUACUGAAAUAUAUUAAGGAAACUUUCAACAACCCAGCCAUUUACAUAACUGAAAAUGGAUUUGGCCAGGAUGAUCCUCCAAAACUCGAGGACAUACAGAGAUGGAAGUACUUUGAAGAAACACUUAAAGAGAUUUCAAAAGCUAUCAACACAGACGGAGUCAAUGUUAAGGGGUACUUGGUAUGGUCCCUGAUUGACAACUUUGAGUGGAUACAUGGAUAUAAUGUACGAUUUGGAUUGUUUCACGUGGAUUAUGAUCAGGCCACCCUUCCGAGGACACCUUACCUUUCAGCACUAAAAUACAGCAAUGUUGUGAAAAAAAAUGGAUUAGGAGGACAUGCAGAUACUUAAGUCGUUAAAGGGUAAAUAACAUCAAAUCAGAAAAUGAUUCUUUUGAUGGGGUUCUAAUACCAAAUAUAGCAUUUUGGCAAAUGAAACAAAUGUAAUUCCAGUAUAUAUUCAUAACAAAUGUUCAAUUAUUCUACUGUACUUUGUACAUAUAAUUGCUAUUGAAAGCAAUACCCUUUGUUAUUCCACUCCACUGAAACUACAUGCACCAUUAAAACAAAAUUGCUUACUA